UCUCUUCAUCAAUAAACACACACACAAAACAUAUACAUACAUAUAUAUAUAUGGUACGGUCCAAGAAAUUCCGAGGCGUCAGGCAGCGCCAAUGGGGCUCCUGGGUUUCCGAAAUUCGCCACCCUUUACUGAAGAGGAGGGUGUGGUUGGGGACAUUUGAGACAGCAGAGGCAGCAGCAAAGGCAUAUGACCAGGCAGCAAUACUGAUGAAUGGACAAAACGCCAAGACCAACUUUCCAACAGCGAAGCCUCGUAGUAAUAGUAAUAGUGGUGAUGAGUCUGAAUUGUGUCCGAAGGCACUUUCUGACCUUGUAAAUGCUAAGCUUAGGAGGUGUUGCAAAAACAUUUCUCCUUCACUCACUUGCCUCAAACUUGACACUGACAAUUCCCACAUCGGUGUUUGGCAAAAGAGAGCCGGUUCGUCUCGACCCGGUUCGAGUAAUUGGGUGAUGAGAGUUGAGCUUGGGAAGAAGACACAAUUAGUGGAGGAAGGAGCAAUAUCAACAUCAUCAUCAUCAAUUGAGAGUACUCAAGAAAAGGCUGCAGGUAACAUUGGCGUGGAUGAUGAUCUUGAAGAGAAUAGAAUUGCAUUGCAAAUGAUAGAAGAGCUACUUAAUUGGAAUUAAUUAAUCAUGUAAUUAAGUCACAAUUUUAUCCAAGCUAGUAAGAUAUUUAUAGCUUAAUUACCAACAAGUGUCCGAGUGGGGUUUACUCAUAAAGCAAAAAUUAAUGGAUAUAUAUAUAUAUCUACCCUA